AUGAAGGGAAUCGCACGUGUCUGGGAGCGCCACAGCACCUUCGACAAUGAUUCGAACUACUUUUGGUUGGUUGAUUCCCUCUGCUUGAUAUCGGAGCAAAGACCCCCAUUGACCAAACGGUUCGGUAUCCGGAUACUGUGGACGAUCCUGAGCUUGCUGCACACCUUCCAGUACUUUUGUUACGUCCUGCAACUGAUCCGUUUCAUCAGGCAGACCCCUCUGGAUAUGGAAAGAAUCACGGCAAUGACAAAUCUGGUGGUUCCGUUGGGCGUUGCCAUUCUGCGAGGUUUAUGUCUAGCCUAUCAUCGGGAUGCGGUUCUGAAGCUGAAACAGUACGUAAACUCGAAAUCCUGCCAACGAGACGACAAUGCCGGUGCCUUCGAGUUGCGACGGCAAAUGUCCCGGAAGGUCAACAGGUACCUGGUAGCGUUUGAGUGCGUAACUACGCUCAACAGUUGCAUCUGGGCUCUAACCAGUGGACUGCAUGAAGACAUUUUCAAAAUUCCCUUCCCCAUGGAUGGAUUGCCGGAUGUGCUGAAACAAGCUGUAGAUCUAGGCUUUGCGGUUCUUCUGAUCCCAUGGUGCUUUACAAUUUGGCACAGCACGACAUUGUUCGUUCCCAUGUUGAGCAUUAUGCACACGGAGCUGGCGAUAAUCGUUGGCCAGUUUGAUGGUCUAUUUGAAAAAGUUGUCGCCAAUUACGCUCUGGAGCCGAACGAUCUGGAUCGAGUGUCGACGAUUCAGCGGUCACGUUUCUGGGCCGAGCUGGAUAUGACUUUCAAAACUGCCAUUUCUCAUCAUUCCGCGUUCAUCAGUAACCUACAGCUACUCAGAAACAUCUCCAGCCUCAACUUCUUCAUAUUUCUUUGCUCCAGUGCGUUGGUCAUAACAUUCAACAUAUUCCCUUCUAUCACAUAUCCCUCGCUUGAGCAUCUGCCCUUGCUACUGUUGGCCCUCCAGUAUAUCACCGAAGCCUAUCUCUGCUGCACCAUGUUUGACAAUUUGGAAAAUGAGAACAAUCGUAUCGCCAAUCACGUGUACGUCAUCGAUUGGCUGUAUUCCGUGGGCAAAAGCAGCAAAUUGGAUCAAGCCCACUGCAAAUCGAUUCUACAGAAUGCGCUCAUACUGAACCGACAGAUUAAUGCAGGCCUCGCCAUUCAGGCUGGAGGGAUUUUUCCACUUAAACUGAUGACGUUUACACAAAUGAUAAAAUCCGUCUAUUCACUGCUGACAAUGAUGGUGCAAUCGGUGGACUAG